AUGGCACAACCAGCCUUCUUGCGGCGCCGGCAUGGCAAUGUCGAGGUUGAGGAUGCAGGCAAAGGACAGCUCGGGUCUGAAUUCCAGGAUGCUGGGUGCCUCUUGACUUCUGAGGUGCAUCUUUUCUUUUCGCGGCCUGCCGACUUGGCGGCGGACCGCGACGCAAGCGCGACUGCCGUCGCACAAAAGACCAAGGAAUAUGUGAAUGAUUUCAGUCGGUACAAGGAACAGUCGACUAUCCGUGAAGUGCGCGCACUACUCAUCAAGCAUGCCGUCCUCGCCGACACGGACGAGCCAGAAGGAAAAGGCCUGCAGCUCACGCAGUUUGAGAUGGCACAACUCGCGAACCUUGCCGUGUCCGACGUGGACGAGGCGCGCAUCUUGAUCCCGACCCUCGCAAGCAAAGACGACGCACAACUCGAGUCGCUGCUCAACGAGCUUUCGGCGAUCCGUAAAUUCUCCUGA